UUGCCGACCGAGAAUAGAUACACGGCUUGGCGCUGUCGCUGAACCUCGAAACGCGCAGGAGCCAGGUCGUCUCCAUCCAUACCAACUCCCACGACCCGACACUCCGGAUACAGACAGAAACAAACCGACCGAAGAGACAUUGAAUGCUGCUCACAUGGUCUGAUGUUUGCCGCUGUUCGCUCUCCGUCAUGCCAGAAUGAACUCGCGUCACGUUUCCAUGCAGUCCUGGUGCCUCAGCCGCAACAAUGGCGCUGCGCGUAGGCCAGACCGGCCGACUCAGAUCCGCGUCCAGAGGCCUCAACACCGAUGAACAAGCCACCGACACCGCUGCACUGAUACGCAUCCUCUUCGUCCAGCCUGAUGCGCCCAACGACAUCGAGUUUGCUCGUGUGUCAGAAAUCGCGGCGAAACUGCGGGAAGACCUGCUCUCGCAACCUUCUUCGAAAGAUACAUUCCGGCACGGCGGCGGCUUCCAGAGAAUUCUCCAAGUACUUCGCAAUGUCAAUCUUCGGCUCAAUUCACCGCAAGAUAACGACCUUGCUCUCGCAGCAGCGUCUGCGUUGUUGCAAACUCUGUUCCGCCUGCUGACGGAAGCCUUGGCUGGGCACAGCGGCAACGAGCGCUACUUCGUCAACCAUGCAGAGGGAUGGCCAGCGGUGCGAGAGUCUCUGGGCACGACUCAGAAAAUGUUCAUCAAAGCUGGCUACAUCGAAGGUAUCGCCACUCUGUAUGACUGUUUGCUCGGCUGUUCCCUGCGCGAUCCCGCGUUUGGACUUCUGGCUGCACAGGUUGGUGAAGUUGCCCAGGCAGGUGGCGAUGAUGGCCAAUCGAUAGUCCAGUCUCCAAUUCUGGAAAUACCUUCGGCUUGUGCAAUAGCUCUUGAGCUCGCGCUCGAGGCUACAGGGAACCCUACGGCCAGCGAGGAUGGACAUCUCAUGCGUUGCGUCACCGCUCUCCUCAGCUUUGUCCUGAGCGUUUCUGACGCCAAUGUCCGAAGUGCUGUAUCUCUGUGGAGGACUGACAUUUUGACGAAGAUUUUGAAGAUUCACUUCAGCUUCCCCCGCAACACUGAGUUCGCAGAGCUGAUUCGAGCAUUGGUGCUCUCUAUCGGGGGCUUCGGGCUCACAAACAUCGAAGACGUGCACUCCCUGUUUAAGAGUGCAGCCACUUCUGAUAUUGCGCGCCAAGAUCUCCUCUCUUUGCUGCGGAGCUCGAAGGAGCCUGCUUAUGUUCAAUUUGAUAUAUCUCGCCAUGGCUUCGCGGCCAUCGAGGUACCGAGCCUGCGCUGGGCAUUUCCUCCGACGCAAGGAUUUUCGCUCACAGCAUGGAUUCGCAUUGACGAAUUCGAUGCACGUGCACACACAACUUUGUUCGGCGCUUUUGAUGCCAUGCACGCCUGCUUCGUCCUUCUCUAUUUGGAGAAGGACAGUCGUCAGCUAAUCCUCCAGACUUCGAUCCGAGCUGCAAACCCGAGUGUGAGAUUCAAGUCCACACAAUUCGAGCCUGGCAGAUGGUAUCAUGUUGCGCUGGUCCAGCGUAAGAGUACCACCGACCCAAGUCAGAGCGUCGCGUCGCUAUAUGUUGACGGUAAUUUUGCCGAGCAACGCAGACUGCCCUAUCCCGAAACACCAGACGAGGCAAGCAAAUCAGAUCCAACAGGGCCGAGGCGUCACAGACCGGUGCAGGCAUUCUUCGGCACUACUCGCGGUGUUGCCGCUGAUCCCAGGCCGAAUGUGGUGACGUCCCGGUGGUCACUGGGUCGUGCACAUCUGUAUGCGAUACCACUGUCAGAUGAGUUUGUGGCAGUCCAUUAUCGACUCGGACCCCGCUAUUCCGGCAAUCUACAGGACUGUCUCGGUCCACUGUUGACAUACCGAGCCUCGUCGGAGCUAAAUCGCCACAACGAGAUUCUGCAUCCUGAGAAGACUGACAAAUCAGACAUUGUCACCGCUACUGAGGUUAGAGGCAGUGAGGUAGCUCCGGAAGCGCGGUUGUAUCUUACGAUUACGCCACAUGCGAUACUUGACUUCGAUGCGCCCGACGCAAAAGGCCAAGGCGAUGGAGUUGAGCUCGAUCGCAAAGCUCUAGCCCGUUAUCAAAAGCUCACACAGUCCGCGCGAGCAGUAGCAAUCAACACUGCUGUCGGAUCUGUGAACGACGCUUUCGCUCGCUCCUUCGGCACCGGUAUCCUCAUUGGUGAUCCCGUAGUAGUUGUGCCUCGUGGGCUUGAUGAUGCCACUUGGUGCUUGUCUGGCUCACUUUCUGUGUUAACAAAGUUGCUAGAAAGCGCUUCAACAAAACAGUCAUUCUUGCAGGUCGUGCAAAUUUUCUUCGACUGUGUCAAAGACAGCUGGCGCAUCAGCGAGGCAAUGGAAAAGGGCCAUGGUUUCGGCACACUUGCAAUCAUUAUAAGAGAGAAACUCGGCAUCGAACUCGGUUCGUAUCAAUCUACGCGAAGACCAUCGACAAUGCUCAACCUCGAGGACCGCCAGUCUCUGCCACGCGAACUGCUGGAAAUGAUAUUGGACUUUGUUGGCUAUCUCAAAGACUCACCUGAGCAGUCCAUGCUGGUCAACCCUAUGGCAUAUCGUGUCCUUUUGAUUGACUUCGACACCUGGCGUAGAUGUGACAUCGAGACGCAGCGACUCUAUUAUACCCAAUUCGUCGACUUCAUCGUUGACAACCACAAUGCGUCUUUCAAUCAGAAGCGACUGACUCGCAUGCGAUGUGUGAAGAGGAUGAUCGAGGCACUUAAGUGCGAGGAGAUCACUGCAGAGGCUGCACCACUCAUGAUCUCGGCCGUACAAGCAUUGGUAGAUGGUCAUUCGGCGCAGGCCAUGUACCGAGAAUUGGCUAUGUUCGUUGCUUGGGGGCUCCACGACGAGCGAGCUUUGCCAGUGGCGCCUGCCCGCGGCUUUCCUGGUAGUGUGAGUUUCCGUCAGAAGGCCGGCUGGACGAGAAGUGCGCGCAAUUCGAGACCUUCGACUCCUGGAGGGCCUCAGCAAUCACUGCCAAAACUGGGUCUGCAGCGCUCCGAGCUUGCCGUGCUCGUGUUAAAACUGCUGGCAGAUAUCGUCGCGCACGAUAAGACGACUACGAGCAUUCGACGACUGAUCAAGGCAGUGACUGGUCGAUGGCUUCUGCAUCUGCUCUCGGAAAGCGACAUUCGGGUCACUGAAUUGACAUUGAGCAUCAUCUGCAGAGCAUUGUCUAGUCUUGGUCCUGACUUCAAGGCACCUUUCACAGACAAAAAUGGAGCAUUUGUGAUCAUGAAAGCUAGACUUAAAGCAUGCUGGCGAUCGCCGUCAAUUUGGUCCCUAGCUUUCGCCAUUUUGUUUGGCCGGGAUGUACCACUCGACUGGCUCGGCGAGGAAUUCACAGCUUUCCAUCUCGUCGAACUAUUGAGUGUCGACGAUGAAUUGCGCAUCGGAAAUGCUGAAAUGCUGCAAAGUAUCUUUGCAAUGUUGGAAGCAGGUCUGCGAAAGGUAGCGUCUGACGACAACCCAGAUGAAACGGAAAGCAAGAUUCUCAAGAAUGUCAUUCAGUUCCUCGGAGAACUGUAUGACAGGAGCAGCGCUUUCCGAGACUUUGCCUCCAAUUCGCGCUACCUUCAAGAACUUCUCUUUGUUCUGUUCCCAUUACUCGCCGGUACAGACAGACUUUCUGCCGACAUGGAGCUGCAGUCAGAUGCACUGUCUUUCAAGGGCGAGGAAGUGAGAAUGCGACCUCACUCAAAUUCCGUUGGCGAGCGACCACCGUCUGUCCGUAGUCUAAACAUCCACGACAAUGAGUCUGGCAAGAGGACGCCUUCGCCGAGGGCUGCAAAUCGAGUGCCGGCUCCAAGAAGGAUAUCAUCCUUCGUGAUCGUCAACGAUCGCCUGGCUGCGCCGCCCGCACAAUUUAAGGCACCUAUGGCACCUCAAAAUGGAGCCACUAUCAAAAUCAACGUUACCAACAGUCUAGUCGAGAGUCUUCUCGAGCUAGGCAUCACGCUUUUCAUCGACCAAGUCUGCUACAAGGACAAAUUCAACGGAAUUGGGGUGUUCUUGAAAGUGCCACCAGGCUUCAAGGAGCAUCAGGCCUAUUUCGAGUCAUAUGUACUGGUUCAUGCGCUUUCACAGCUUGGCAGCCAUCUCAGGCUGAAUCAGCAACUGCUAGUUGAGACAAGAGUGCUGACAAACCUGGCUCGGUAUGCUCAGCACAUGGCCGAGGCAGUGGCAGAAGGUUGGUUUAUAGAUGGUGCUCAACCACUUUUGGACUUCACUGGCGAAAUCUUGGAGCACUUGCAACGACCCGAGAUUGCCGAGAUGAAGGCUGUGAGGCUAUGCAGCCAGUCUACUACCGCGAUUCGUGUCGUCUUCCUAAAAGCCACUUUGUGGAGGUUGGCAGAACUCAACGAGGAUGCCAGUGAGAAGGAUGUCAGCACUUUCCUGGCUAAGAUGACAUUCUGGCAAACCAUUCUCUUCUCCUCAGAGAAUCACGAGUCGACUUUCACGAAACUGAUUUGCUAUCUUCUCUAUCACAAAUUGGUAUCUGCAGUCAAGUCGGUUCGGUUGGCCGCUGCGCAGCUCUGGCGUAUUGUGCUAGUCCAGAAGCCUACCGAGACCGCAACGAUGCUAAGCAACACCAUGGGCCCAGAGAAUCGACACCUUUCCACUGGCUUCAUGAAGCUCGCCUCUAUGGAUGACGAGGACUUCCUGAACUGGGUGGAUCGCAAUCGGGACAUGCUAGAUGGCGUCUUCUACGCCUCGCUUAGUAAGCCAUGGGAAGACUUUGUGCAGACUGAAAAUCGAAGCUCGGAAGAAACGACCAAAAACCGCCUCAACAAGAGGAAAGACAAGCUGAAGCAAUGGCAGACGGAAGAGACUUUAUCGGACGAUUUUCUCAAUCGAUAUGAAGUGUCCACGAGUCAUUGGCGCGCGAAUGUGCAUGCACAAGAACGUGCAAAGCUGCAGCGUGCACUACAGGACCAUCACGAGAACAUCAACCAGCUUCUCACAGCGUUUGCGAAGAUCGACAACUCCGUCAAACAGGCCUGUGGCUUGGAUCCCGCUCCAAUCAACCGCUGGCAGCUCGAUGAAACUGAGGCUGCCAACCGCAUGCGCAUGAGACUUGUCCCAGAAGCUGCUGAAUACAAACCGGCAUUCGAGCCACGGAGGAAAGGCUCACAGCGAGCAUCGAAGAGCAUGCUGUCAGUCGACACACGUUUUCGUUCACAUUCAGAGCCAGUCGGAGGCCAGCCACCUUCUACACCCACCAUGCCGCUGGCGCCGAUCACUGACGGGUCCAGCGAGGCAAUCGAGUUCGUCGCAGAAAAUGGGCAGUCGCGACCUCGUGGUGACUCUUUAUCAGAAUCACAGAUGCUCGAGGGAGGCUUCGAAAUGGUUGAUGAUCCGAAAGAAGAUGAAGACGGUAUGAUCGAGGACAAGAAUCGCAAAGUCAUGACUAGUUUGCAGCGAGGGGACAUGGUGCAGCAAUUGUACAAUGUCUCAAGAAUUGUGGGCCUUGAAGCCUGUGAGGGCUUGGUGGUGAUCGGACAGAAGUGCUUCUACAUGCAAGACAAUUUCUUCCAGCGCUCCGAUGGCGAGAUUGUGAGCGUAUCGCAAGCGCCAGAGGACGAACGCGACCCAUACAUACAACUCAUUUCUGGGAAAGACGUUGGAAUCCAGCGCACCAAGCACGCAGUCGGCGAUCAAGAGACACGUCAUUGGACCUGGUCGGAAGUCCUCAGCGUUUCAAAACGCAGGUUUUUGCUACGAGAUGUCGCGAUCGAGGUCUUUUUCAGCGAUGGGAGAAGUUACCUCAUCACUUGCAUGGCAUCCAAGGUACGAGAUGAUUUGUAUAAUGCCAUAGCGAACAGGGCUCCUCACAUUUACAGCUCGUCAUCAGUGGCGAGCGAGGACUCGUGGCGACUAGAUACUCUUCGCAAUCCGGAGGAAGCACCCAAGAAUCUUGGAUCGAAGUUCAACAGCCUCUUCAACUCAGGCCCGACGCACGCUGCCACGAGGAAGUGGCAACGAGGAGAAAUGUCGAACUUCCAAUAUCUCAUGCUGGUGAACACGAUGGCCGGUCGCACAUUCAACGACCUCACGCAGUAUCCAGUUUUCCCUUGGGUACUGGCGGACUACACAAGCGAAGAGCUCGACUUGGAGAAUCCCAAGACCUUCAGAGACUUCUCGAAGCCGAUGGGAUGUCAGACGCCUGCCCGAGAGGCCGAGUACAAAGAGAGAUACAAGCAAUUUGCCGAGAUGGACCAGAGUGCGCCUUCUUUCCAUUAUGGAACCCACUACUCCUCGGCCAUGAUCGUCAGCUCCUAUUUGAUUCGAUUACAGCCUUUUGUUCAGUCCUACCUUCUGCUACAGGGUGGCAACUUCGACCAUGCAGACAGACUCUUCGAUUCUGUUGAGAAAGCUUGGCAAUCAGCGUCUCGAGAGACGAUGAGCGAUGUUCGCGAGCUCACACCAGAAUUCUUCUACCUGCCAGAGUUUUUGGUCAACACCAACAAGUAUGACUUUGGCGCCAAGCAGGUAUCUGGAGAGCUCGUAAACGAUGUCAAACUGCCGAAGUGGGCUAAAGGCGAUCCUCACAUCUUCAUCGCCAAACACAGAGAAGCACUCGAGAGCUCGUACGUCAGUCAGCAUUUGCCCGACUGGAUCGACUUGAUCUUUGGGUACAAGCAGCGCGGCGAGGCCGCGAUCGAAACCACGAAUGUGUUCAACCACCUGUCCUAUGCAGGUGCGAAGGAUCUCGACAAGAUCGAUGAUCGCGUUGAGCAUGUAGCCACUAUCGGCAUCAUCCAUUCGUUCGGACAGACGCCGCAUCAAGUCUUUCAGAAGCCGCAUCCAAACUCCGAGGCGGACAAGCAGGCCGAGCCGAAGCUCGACACUCUGGCUGAGACGCUUGUCAGGCUGCCAGAGCCAGAUAUGAACACCGGCGAAAAGGUCUCAGACUUCACACUUGCACCUUUGCACGGCCGAAUCCUAGCCAGUGGCCCAUGCAAGCUGAAUGUGCUUCCUGAGUGCACACGACAUAUGCAAUGGGGCUUCGCAGAUAACAGCAUUCGAUUCUUCUCAUCGCAGAGCAAGCGAUCGAUGGGCCUAUAUGAGAACACUCACGUCGGGCCAGUGAACACUGCAACUUUCGUUGACAGCAAGACUCUCAUCACUGGUGGCCAAGAUUGUACGAUUGGAGUCUGGAAGAUUCAUCAAGCCAAAGAUGCCAUCGAGAUGACUUCCAAAGCUUAUCUCUUUGGUCAUCGAACUUCUAUUACUGUACUUGCUGCCAGCAGAGUCUUCAGUACCCUUCUCUCCGUUUCCAGCGAUGGCCAAGCUCUCCUCUGGGGCCUCAAUCGCUUCAGCUGCAUCCGCGUGCUCCUCCCUCCAGGCAGCGGCCCCUCUAUCCAGGCCGGCAAGAUCAGCAACGUUUCCGGCCACAUCUUGCUCUGCCGCGGCGGUACAGUAUCGCUGUAUACCCUCAACGGCCACCUCCUAGUCGAACAAAACCUCUGCGAGCGCGAAGACGAAUCAAUCCUCUGCUGCGCGUUCUACGAAGGACAAGGAAAUGAGUUCUUGCAGCGAGAAUUGAUCUUCACGGGUCAUGCGCAUGGUGUGGCGAAUGUUUGGGCGCUGACGAACUUGAGCGAUGGGAGCUGGUAUUUGCAGCUGGUGAAGAGGUUGCAGCAGACGGAUUUCGUGAUGAGAAAGGGAAGUUCGAGGGCUGGGGUCGCGAGUGCGAAGGGGAUUACGGCGAUUUUGCCGAGUGCGAGGGAAGUUUGGACGGGCGAUGAGGAGGGGAAUGUGUGGAGGUGGGAGUGUGUUGUGAGGGCUGGUGGGAGUGGUGGUGGAGGUGGUGCGAGGGGAAGAUGA